AUGAAGUGGGAAUCUGUUUUGCUUGCGUGUCUCUCGGCUGCCGUCCAAGCUGCCCCUCCAAGUGAGCCUAAAGAUGUCGGCAACACGAAGAGAAUUCCGGAAGGCUGCUCUGCGUCCUAUAAUGGACAGUUCCAAAUAAUUAUCAGCAAGAGAACUACAAAACGUUCAGAAGUACAGAGUGGAAAGUGUACCGACAAAGGUGCCCUUGUCAUGUCCUUGAAGGAUGGUGGACUCAUUGAUUCGCAGAAUCGUGUCGGCUCCAUUGCCUCAAACCACCAGUUUCAGUUUGAUGGCCCUGCACAGCCCAAUGCACUCGCUACCAAGGGCUGGGCAGUCUGCGAUGACUCUACCCUCGCACUCGGGCCAGCACGAACCUUCUAUGAAUGUCUCUCCGGGGACUUCUACAACCUUUACGAUAGAAAUUCGGCCAAGCAAUGCGAGCCCGUGACCAUCUACGUCGAGUCGUGCGAAGCCCCGGACAACGCGGACCAGCCACGUGUCAGCCAGAUCGCGGACGGCCAGAUCCAGGCCCCAACCAAGGGUGCCAUCGUCACCAAGACUCGCAAUGCCAAAGUUCAUGUGCCCACGGUAGUCCCCCCGCCACGUCCUGUCACUGAACCUUCACGAGCUCCUCCGUCGUGGAACCCUUCUCCCUCUUCUCCUUCACAGACACCUGGCCCCAGCACCGGUGUCAUCUCUCCCACACCGACACCGAAGCUACAGGCUACCUCCUCCUCUUACUCCCAGCAGUCACAGAAGCCGAUUGAGGAGAACCCUACACCCUCCAACCCCCCAGCAUCAAGGGGAAACAAGAUGGGAUCACAUUCUCUCGCAACAUUGAUCGUGGGCGUAUUUUGGGUUUUCAUGUAUAUUUAG